GCGAUGCCGUUCGGUAUCAGUUGCGCAGAUCUUGCUCUCGAGAACAGUUCUUGAAACAUCAAGUGUUUGUAGUGAGCUAAAUUUAAACGGUUCGAGAUGAAGGUGGUUGCUGUUUUCGUUAUUUUGGCAGUGUUCUGCAUGACGGAGUUUGCUGCUGCGGCUCCCACUUUUGAAGGGGAACGCGUCAAACGGAGCGCUCAAGAGCCGGAGCCAACUGGAGAUGCUCCAGACACUGGAUCGGAGGAUGAUAAACCGGAAGGGGAGGUAGAGGAAGAUAGCAGUACCGGCGAUGAAACCGAAGUUGGGGAUGACCACGAGCAUGGGGAGGAUUGUCAUCACGAUGAGGAUACAGAGCAACCCGAAGUAGGGCAAACAAUAGAAUAAACCCGAGCUAAGUGCUGAAAUCGCAUCCACAUAAAAAUAGUGAUGAUUUUUUUUUGGCAUACAAUCGCUAAAUUACGUAUAAUCGUACAAUUCCGUAUUACAUAGCUGUAAGAACAAAUAAAAACUAUUAUUAUGUAGCAUAUAAUUAUAAAA